AUGGAAGCGCAGAAGAUGAGUUCGAGCCGAAGGGCUACAAACAACAAGGAGCUGCCGAGUGCGACGGCACAUAAUGAGUCAAGAACAGGGAAUGAUGCUUUCCUGAAGGUAUCGCCUAAUCUUUUCACUGCAGAGAGACUACCUCUCUUCGACAGCCUCGAUCUAUACACAACACUCAUCAGAAGCAGCCGAGCUCUGGAACAGGGAGAGAGAUUACACAAUCUCAGCUGGAGAAUCAUAAACAAGGCCCUACUGAAGGAUCAUGAUAUAAAUAAGUCCAAAAAGAGAGACGGAGUGAAAAACCUGUACAACGUAAUUAAUCCGGUAAAGAACGGUCAGCAGAUUGUGCCGCGAAAGCCAAACCAACUACCCGUGAGAUCGCAGCAAAAACCAGCAGCAGCAGUACCUGCUGCUUCUCUGGUACGCUCAAGCAAUUCUGUCGCCACACAGCUUUCACACCAUGUCUCUCAACAUCAAACAAAUGCUUCGAUGCAGCCCAUGCAAGUUAUGCACGCAAUGCAAGGCACCCAUGCUGUGGACGGUGGCAAACGAAAAAGCCGGCCUCUGCAGAGCCAGGCACCAACUCAAGCCCCACCCCACUACGCCAAGCUCCCACAUGGUCCUCAGAAUGCGAAGCGCGGUAUACGGCACACAGGGGAAGGAGAUGCACAUCAAGCACCAAGUCGUAAACCGCUGUUUGGCAUGCCUCCCAAGAGUCCGUCGCCAGAGCCUAAACGUGACGAAGAGAACCCACCUCAGAACGUGGUCAAGGGAUUUGAUCCUAAUACGAUGAUAACUAAGAAGAAAGAUGAUAAAAUAUUCUAUAUCGGUCAGACCCCAUCUCCCGACGGUAGCCUGGUAAUAAAGAAGAAGCUAUCUAACAAAAGCGUAUCUGAGGGUAGAGCGAAUGAGACUGCAAGUCUCUUUUCACAAAAAUCCGAUGACAAACUGCAUGCGCUCAAGUUAUCAAACCUCACCGCUAAUGGCACAAAUCAUCCAAAGUCCCUAUUCGGCGCAACAAAACCUCCCGCACAACACGAUAAAUCUAAUCCUAACACUAAAGAGCUGUUUUUCAGUAGUGAAGACGAUGAAUCUGAUUGGAACUCUUUAUCAGAUGACUCCGAUUUCUACGAUGAGGAAGAGGAAGAUCAAUAUUACCAGAAGCAAUGGGAUAAGCUUCUUUUCAGCAGAAACGAAUAUGCUAAAAGUAAUGCUAGUCAAUCCAACAGCAGUGGAACUGCUUCACCAGUACCGCAGUCCGAGAAACAUGAUGUUAAGAGAAGUUUACUGAGCGGAUUAUUCUUGAAUGAAAUGCACAAACGUCCAGUAAAAUCGAUCACACCGGUGUCAAGUCAGCGCCCAACAUUGGAGGAGAGCAGCAUUAUGGCAGUGGGAGACGUUACACCUUCAAGCUCGUGGAAGAGCUCAACGCAUUUGGAUCAAGAUCAAGCCCCCUCAACUGGGGAAGCUGCUUUGCGCCCAACUUCCUCGCAACUACUGUUGAAUAGGUCCAAGAGAGGUAGCUUCAGCAGCAUUAUCUCCGAAUCGACUCGCCAAAGAUACUCCCAUGUCUCCAAUGCACCCCCCACGGCACAGACAAUUCUACCUACAGCUUUGUCCACGCACAUGUUUGUACCGAAUAACGUACAUCAACAGAGAAUGGCGAGAUCUAAUGCUGGCCGCAGUGAUUCGUCUUUAAGACGUGAAUCAAUGGACAUACCGUCGAAAAAUCGUAAUAAUUCAUUUUUAAAGACCCGCAUGGAAAUUUCUGAGGAGGAAAACUUCGCGAGAGCGAUAUCAAGACGUAUAUAA